GCUUUGUCCCAGUCGAGCCAGCGAGCGAGUCCGCGCGAUGGAUCUGGAGAGCGCCAGGCAGCUGGCGGCUCCCUUGGCGCAGGAGCUGUCUCCCUACAAGGGCUCAUGUGUCUCACGGCUCUUCCUGCUGUGGAUCUUCCCCUUGCUCAAGCGCUCGCAAGACGUCGAGCAGUUGCAAGCGGGCGAUCUCUUCGAGGUGGAUGAUGCCGCCAAGCCUGAGGCCCUGCAGCAGAACUUCCUGGAGAUGUGGCGAAGCGCGGUGUGUGCCUCGGGCCAGCGCCAGCGCUCGGGCUGGCUGCUGCUGCGCGUCUUGGCGCGGCUGCAUGUGCCGCGGCUGAAGUGGCUCUGGAUGCUGCGGGUGCUGCAGAAUGUGCUGAACUUUGGCUUUCCUCUGUUCCUCAACAAGCUCGUCACCUUCGUCAAAGACAAGGAUGCGCCUCUUGAACAGGGCCUCUUCCUCUGCCUCUGCCUCUUCCUCAGCGAGGGCUUGGCCUCCUUGGUCGACGCGCGGGCCUCUCUGGGCCUGGAGAGCUGCGGUCUGCGGAUCCGCGCGUCCCUGAUGUCCUCCAUCCUGCGGAAGGUGCUGCUGCUCCGGCAGGAUUCCAUGCUGCAGUUCUCCAGCGGCAAGCUAAACAAUAUGAUCACAACCGAUGUGGACAAGACCCGACGAGCCCUGCGCACCAUGCACGUGCUGAUUCUUACGGCACCCCUGAAGGUGGCGGUGUCCCUGAUCGCCCUGCACGCGCUGGUGGGGGUAUCGGUCUUCAUUGGCCUUAGCUGGAUGCUGGUGGUGAUCCUUCUGAACCCGGUCAUGAUGUACAUCAUGAACCGGCUUGAGGAGACCCAGCAGGCCAAGACGGACGAGCGGGUGCGCAAGGCCACGGAAGUGAUCCAGUCCAUCAACGUGAUCAAGUGCUACGGUUGGGAGGAGCCCGCGACUGCCAAAGUGGAGCAGGCGCGCAAAGAGGAGCUCAAUGCACUUUGGAGGCUGUACUGCCUCUUCACCUGCUUCGAGGGAAUUUGGUCGAGCAUCGUGCCAUGCUGCUGCGCACUGAUGUUUGCCUCUUACUCCUGGCUGAAUCCGGAGCAUCCCUUGACGGCGGCUCAAGCAUUCACAGCCAUCGCCUUGUUGAGCAUGGUGCAGGAGCCGCUCUUCACCAUCCCCUGGGUGCUGAACCUCAUUGUGGAGGCCUACGUUGCAGCCAAGCGUAUCGAGGGCCUCUUCUUCCUCGCGGAGUCGGACCUGCCGGCGCUGCGAGGCCUCAGCAGCUUCUUGCCAGAGCCACCCCCCACCAAGCCGGAGGAGGA